AUGCCUCCAAAAAAAGUCGAAAAACAGGGUGGAGGAAAGAAACCUUCUGCCACAAAGAUCGUGGAAGAUAGAACCUUUGGUAUGAAGAACAAAAAAGGUGCACAGUCUCAAAAGCAAAUUGCCCAGAUGACACAAUCUGCAAAAGCUGGCGGUACUCCAGAGGAGAAAAAGAGAGCUGCCGAGAAAGCACAAAAAGAGAAAGAAAAGGCAGCAUCUGAGGCAGCAAAGAAAGAAGCCGCUGAACUCUUUAAGCCUUUACAGAUUCAAAAGGUUCCCUUCGGUGUAGAUCCGAAGACUGUUCUCUGUCAGUUUUUUAAGAAAGGCCAUUGCGAAAAGGGUAGGAAAUGUAAAUUUUCACACGACCUCAACAUUCAACGGAAAUCAGAGAAAAAAGAUUUAUAUCAAGAUACUAGAGAUGAAGAUGAUACAAAGAAAAAAACAGAGACCUCUGACGACUGGGAUGAAGAAAAGCUUAGAUCUGUUGUUCUAUCUAAGAAGGGCAAUCAAAAGACUACCACAGAGAAGGUCUGCAAAUUUUUCAUUGAUGCAGUGGAGGAAGGAAAGUAUGGAUGGUUCUGGACUUGUCCAAACGGCGGAGACAAGUGCAUGUAUCAACACAAACUACCUCCCGAUUUUAUACUAAAAACAAAGGAGCAACGGGCAGCAGAGAAAGAACUCAUGGACAAAUCACCUCUAAAAACACUUACCCUGGAAGAUUUUCUUGAAUCAGAGCGGCAUAAGCUGACCGGAAAACUCACACCCGUGACACCUGAGUCAUUUGCAAAAUGGAAGGCCGAGCGCAUGGAUAAAAAGGCAGCAGAAGAGCAGGCGCGUCUUGCUAAAGAAGCUACCGGCCGUGCCUUGUUCGAGAAAGGAGAUUGGGAUGCGAGCGCUGAUGAUGGCGAUGAUAAUUCCGAGGCGUUAAACAUGAAUCAGCUAUACAAAGAAACCGAAGCGCUACGGGAACGGCAAGAGUAUGAGAGAAUAGCUGCUAUCAGCUCCGGGUCCAGAACAGAUGGUCAAGAUAUUGACGAUAGUCUUGAUAAAACGUCCAUCGAGGAAAGCAGAGAAACGCGGCCUGAUGAAGAAUUAUCAGAUUAA